UUUGAUCAGUCUGCGCACCGCUGCAUGCAAUCGAACACGCCUAUUCUUUAAAUGAGACAGGAACUACUUCUGCAGCGAUUCCAUACGCUAAGCUAACCACUGGCCACAGAUCUAUUUGUAUAUUCCUGAAUUUGAGGUGGUUUUUCAGGCAUGAAAAGGAGUAGACCUGAAGAUGACGUGGUUCAAGAAUGUGGUGCGCGAGGAAGCAAGCUCCCUCGAACAGAGGUCGAAAAGAUUAUUACAGACAAAGUUAGGCUUGCAGUUGAGCUGUCCGAUCACAAGAUGAAGAAUCUGUUGGAAAGAAUCGGCGAGGUUAAGAAUGAACCCAGAUAUGAUGCAAGGAUCAAGAAACUGGAAGCACACGUAUUGAAAAUAAAACGAAGGGGGGAUGCUGUAUUCACCUAUAUCAGAAAACUCAGAUCCUUAGGGAUUUGUCAGAAUUCGUCUCUUUCUUCAAGUUCUACUGCUUCCCCUGGACAGCCACUGCGUUUCAUCUCUGGAGCUGAUCCAGUGAUCACUCGCACGUCCAGAAGUUCAGUCAGCGGUGGAUGUUUCGGUGACAACACUUCUGAGUCCUCAGCAGCAAUAGACAGUGAGAACGACAGUGAAGCCGCCGCUUUAAGAAGACCUAAAAAGGGGUUCUGGCAGAGCUUGCGAUCCCAGAACCAGCUUGUUGACCUUACAGAUGAUGACAUAGCAGUUAAUCCGAACGGAGAAGCCCUGGUUACACCGCCAUCAGAUCAGAAUGUGGAACAUUCAGAACAGUCAAAACGUCCCAGCAACACACCAAGCCCUGUGAAAGCAGAAACUCAAUGUGAUAUGGAGGAAGACAGUUCCUCAGAGCAGCCGAAAGAGGAGGACUGGCAUUCCAAACUCCAUCCUUUCCCAGAUAAACCGUUUCCCAAGGAGCUUCCCCUUGCAGCUGCCACUCAUAACUUGCCCCAGAAGCCAGUAUUGAAACUAGCACGAAUUGGAGCGGCAAAAGAAAUCGGAAUAGCUUGGAACGUUGAAACUAAAGAUCCACAUGUAGCCGAAAUGGAUUGCUACUACGUUUACGUUGCCCGCGAACAAAAAAAUAACACUUUUUCAGAGUGGAAAUGUCUGGGAGUGAUCAAAGCCAUGCCCCUUCCUAUGGCCUGUAAGGUCUCAGACUGCAAAGGAGAUAAGAGACUGUGUUUUAUUGUUGUGGGGAAGGAUAUAUUUGGGCGUUAUGGGCCUUACAGUGACAUUCAAAGUGUUGGACCGGGACAGACUUGAUUUAGCCAACGUUUCUCUACGGCGUGUAAAAAAACUCUUAUCUUCGAUGGCGGAUUCAGGAUUGAUGAAUGUGCUUGUUUACACUGUAAUAGAAAGUAUGUUUCUUUUCUUUCUUUUUUUAUGCAGAAUUGUUCAGUGUUCGUGUUUUGUUUGUUUGUUUUUAAGUUUCAACCCAAAUGCCAGAGCACAGAAAUAGUAUGAAGAAAAUGCCACUUGGUAUUAGUUUUAUCAGUUAUACCUUAGAUGACAACCUGAUUGUGUUUUCCUGUAACCUUUAUAGUAAAAAUAUGUUUAUAACAUGAGCACCAAACAAGCAAUCCCUAGCCAGAAUAAACAGAAAAUCACUACAUAGACACCUUUUAUUUUUGUUGGCUGCGUUCACAUUGGUGCAGUUCAGUGACGUGGGAACAAAAUGUUUAGCUAAAAACCAAUAAAGUCAAUAAAAUAUUUUAAAAUGA